GGAGUCUUGAGGCUUUUAGAAAGGAUCUACCUGAGAGGAAAUAGUUCUGGCUAGAAGAGACAGAUUAUCCAUUGAAAGGAUCUUUUGCUUAACUGCUCAGAGUCUUGUGGGGCCAGCCAGACACUACUCCAGAUGGCAAGUUGUUAGGGCUGGACAGAAUGGCUUUGGAAGACUUCUCACCAGAUGAAGGCUGUAAUGUUGGGAUUUUACUGUUUGGCUUUUUUUUCCCCCUGUAGUUCCCAGGGUGGGAAGGUGCUGGGAUGGCAGCAGCGUGCCGCCCACCCACCUGCUACCACCUGUUUAGCUUUUGCCGUUUCUAUAAAGCCUCGUCUUGUCCUCGACACAAUCGUUGCUGGCCGGCAGAGGCCAAGGAAAAAAGAGAUCUCUCUUAGGAAGUUACAUCUUUAGAUCACGAGCCUUCACCAUCGCAGAAUACUCUCCUAAAUUGAAUCAGAACUUCUCUCAUUUGAAACAGCCACUUGGAGUUGUGCCUUUAAUCCAGUGAGAUCCUUCUUGGAUUAAAUGGACCAUUUUCUUCAGUAACGUACAUUUUGAGAAUGGAGAUUUCAUUGUUUUCCCUCUCUCUUUGAGAUUAAAUAAAUUAAAAGAAUGAAAGCAUAAGACAUAAAAAAUGCUUCAUUCUUUCUUUCAACAAUAAGAAACAAUUUCCAGAAGAACCAGAAGAACUUUUAUUUAUUUUUUUAGAAGCCAAGAAAAAUACUCCAUAAUUGAUAUCAGGAAACAGAUUCCAGAGGUAGGAAGGGUGCUCCAUGAGUGCUUUCCUUACCGCUUUUUAGACAGCGAAUUUUGCUAGGUGAUCUUUGUGUGUGUGUGGAAGUGAAGCUGCAUCAAACAUGAAAACCUGUCAGUCCAGUCAGCUGGACUCGGCUGUGGAGUCAGACACGGCGUGCAGGAGUGGAGGGGGCUGCGUUGUGAAGUGCAGCUCGGAAAGGAUGGAGAACGCUGCCAAGAGGAGACUGGCUGCCAAUGCCCGCGAGAGGAGACGGAUGCAGGGACUGAACACGGCCUUCGACCGCUUGAGGAAGGUGGUUCCGCAGUGGGGGCAGGACAAGAAACUGUCCAAGUAUGAGACCCUGCAGAUGGCUCUGAGCUACAUCAUGGCUCUGACCAGGAUCCUCGCCGAAGCUGAGAGGUACAGUACUGAGCGAGAGUGGAUUAGCCUGCACUGUGAGCACUUCCACGCCGACAGCUUCCACCAGCGCCCAGCGCAGAAACCCGCGGCCAGCGGCGAUCCUUACGCACAGAGGCUGUUCGGCUACCACCCCGAGCACUUCCAAAUAGCUAAUUAGAACUUUUGCCAGCUGAGAAUACCUGGCAGGCCAGAUGUGUAAUUUAAUAAUUAGCAAGUUAAUCUGCUUGACGGAGGUAAUACUGGCGUUAUAAUAGCUCCUUCUUGUUUGCAUCUUAGGGUAAUUUGACAAAAUAAAUUUGCUCUGAGAACGUAAGAUCAAAAGGCGUUUAAGAUGAUUGAAUGUAUUUAAUGCUGGUGGAAAUUAUACUUUCAAUUUGAAAUAUUUCUGACAGUUGUUUCCUAGUUUGUCUAGUGUAUUUGACGCUUUAAUUAAAUAAGUUUUUGGUGGUUUUUUUUUUUACUGUGAUGAAUCAUGACAGUAUUUCUACAGAUCAUGGGACAAGUUGACCCGUGGUGUAACUGAGUGGAAUAGCACAAGAAAUUAACCUCAUUCCAUGUUUUUCUUUUUACGUCAGCUUUAAAAUUGUUCUUUAGUGUCUUUUCCCAUAAAUGGCUCACAUGGAAAAAGUUUUAUAAUGUAUUGGAGUUCUAGUCCUCAGAGAACUAACUUUCUUAAACUUUGUAAGUUUGACAUAUGCGUUCCAAAGUUGUGUAGGUUUGCUUUAAUCCAAUUUAUGGUGUCUCUUGUAUGCUCGAAAAAGAGCUGGUUUUAAGUCAUGGAAGGAAUGUUUUAUUUUCAGUGGUUGUAAAAGCACGUGUGAUUAUGUACCAUAAAUGAGAAUGCUUGCGUGAAAAUAUUCUAAGCUUCUAGAUUUUUGUAGGCUUUAAAUGAUGGGAUUUUAUUUUUUAACCUUAUGUUAUCUGGAAACAAUAACAGAUUUUGUAAAUCUUAAAUAAAACGUUUUAUAUGCUAUG